CACACACGUGUCUCGCCUUUGCCCCUCGGGCAAAGGCGACAAUGAAAACUGGCGGACAUACCAUGUUUAGGCCCUCUGUUUGGCGUACCUUCUUCUCAUCGUCACCAUAUCGACUUUAGUUCAUCAUUUCCAAAAGGUCCGAAGUGUGCCGGAAUAUCAAGCUCCAUUCACCACACACCAGCCACUGAGAUGACAUCCGUCCAGAGUUCGACAAAAGUGACCAGCUCAGAGAACGUCGCCAGCGACAGCUUGAAAGACACCUUUGAGAUACAUUCAAACCUUGUGAGCUCGGCGGAUCUUAUUCAGGUCCUCGAGAGUUGUCUGCAGGUUGAUACCUUCACCGUGGAAAUGCGGCACAGUGUUUACAUCAUUCGGGUGAACGAUUCAUGUACGAAAGAAGAAAAGGCAUCACUUGAGGAAAUGGCAAGCGAACCUGACAUUCUCCGCAGGCUAGCCCAGUCGUUCAGCAACCCCGUCCCCCAUGGCGUCCCGGUGGCUCCCUGUCGCCCAUCAUGAUGUUUCCCUCCAACGGGUUCUUCAAAUAAGAGAAGGCGACGGUUUUGCGAUGCCCCACCGAGCAAUGCCUAGGGGGCCGGAUCGAAACACAGUUUGAAGAUAUCUUCGGCGCUGCAAAACGAAGCGAGUUUGGAAAAUUCAUGUGCAACAUCUUGCUGUACGUGACACGUCAUGUUUUACUGGAAGCUAUGUCAGACACAG